AGCCAGGAUGUGGCAUGUGUGCAUGACGUCAUUUCUCCAUGUACUGUGCGCCAUUUUGGAAGAAAAAAAAAAUCACGGAUAAUUUCCGUGGUCUUGACAGAUCUGGACCCGAGUCUUCACACUGAUUGUGGAUGCUAUCUAUUCCCCCGAGCAAGCUGCAUUGGUUGAUUAGGUAUUGGAAGCUGUGUAUAGCAAGAGCUGCUAAAUGAAGCAAUGGCGGGAGUUGCAGGAGGAAAUGAUUUCCAGUGGUGUUUCUCUCAAGUGAAAGGAGCGAUAGAUGAAGAUGUUGCGGAAGCUGACAUAAUCUCAACAGUUGAGUUCAACUAUUCUGGAGAACUGCUUGCAACUGGAGAUAAAGGAGGCAGAGUAGUGAUAUUUCAACAUGAACAAGAGUCUAAGAAUCGUCCACAUCUGCGCGGGGAGUACAACGUCUAUAGCACUUUUCAGAGUCACGAGCCAGAAUUUGACUAUUUGAAAAGUUUAGAAAUCGAGGAAAAAAUUAAUAAAAUACGAUGGCUACCCCAACAAAAUGCUGCUCACUUUCUACUUUCGACAAAUGAUAAAACUAUCAAAUUGUGGAAAAUAAGUGAAAGAGACAAACGAGCAGAAGGUUACAACCUGAAAGAUGAAGAUGGACGACUCAGAGACCCCUUUAGAAUCACCUCUUUACGGGUACCAGUACUGAUGCCAAUGGAUCUCAUGGUAGAAGCAAGCCCAAGGAGGAUCUUUGCAAAUGCGCACACCUAUCACAUUAAUUCCAUUUCUGUAAAUAGUGAUCAUGAAACGUACCUCUCUGCAGAUGACCUAAGAAUAAAUCUAUGGCACUUGGAAAUCACAGACAGAAGUUUUAAUAUUGUAGACAUCAAGCCUGCCAACAUGGAGGAACUGACAGAAGUAAUCACAGCUGCUGAGUGCCAUCCACACCAAUGCAAUGUAUUUGUGUACAGCAGUAGCAAAGGCACCAUCCGCCUGUGUGACAUGCGAGCAGCGGCACUCUGCGAUAGGCACUCAAAGUUCUUUGAGGAGCCUGAGGAUCCAAGCAGCCGAUCCUUUUUCUCUGAGAUCAUCUCCUCCAUCUCGGACGUGAAGUUCAGUCACAGCGGACGCUAUAUGAUGACACGUGACUACCUCUCCGUCAAAGUUUGGGACCUCAACAUGGAGAACAGGCCAGUGGAGACAUAUCAGGUCCAUGAAUACCUUCGCAGUAAACUCUGCUCCUUGUAUGAAAAUGACUGCAUCUUCGACAAGUUUGAGUGCUGCUGGAAUGGCAGUGACAGUGCCAUCAUGACCGGCUCCUACAACAACUUCUUCCGAAUGUUUGACCGCAACACCAGGCGGGACAUUACACUGGAGGCGUCCCGGGAGAGCAGCAAACCACGGGCUACGCUCAAACCCCGCAAAGUGUCCACUGGUGGCAAGAGGAAGAAGGAUGAGAUCAGCGUGGACAGCCUGGACUUCAACAAGAAGAUCCUCCACACUGCCUGGCACCCCAAAGAUAACGUGAUAGCUGUGGCAGCCACCAACAACUUGUACAUUUUCCAGGACAAAAUCAACUAGAAGAUUUUGGGCUCCAGAGGAUAGGGCUUUUACCGUACCUGUGUAGUUAAGCCUACUACUUGUCUAUCUGUAUAAGAAGAAACAGCCUCGUUGUCCUCCUGGUGAAGAAUUCGAAAGCACGUGUCUACUUUUUUUGCCACAGGAGGUUGAUCCAUAGGCCUGUUUUAUUUUGAGUCUGAGCUUAGGUUGUUUUUGCCUUUGGCACCAGGGCAAUCAACAUGCCCCCCUGACCCAGAAAGCCCAAUUCGGGUCUAAUUGACGGAAUGGCACUCCCUAGAGGUCAAACUCUUGAACGUUGGUGUUUGUGUUGACAUUUUAAGCCUUCAUUUCAUGAUUUAACAACAGAACUCUUGGAAGCCCUUAAAAUGACGUCUUGUCAAAGUUGUAACAUCAUUUCAAAGAUUUUGGGCCCUCUGAAGCACGGAUUAAUGGCCAAUAAACCUAACUGUAACAUUCCCCUACUGGCCAUGUAUUCAGGCUAAACUACUGGUGGAAGAGGCCAUGAAUUUGGAAAGUGGACUUGUUUCUUUUCUUCCCCUCCCUCCUCUUACUUUACCCCAGUCAAUACGGUGACAUAAUUUCACUGACUGUAUCUACUCAAGUACACCUUGUCAUCCACAUAAUAAAAGAAACUAAAACUA